UGGUCUUACACCCCUUUUGAUAGGCUACCAACUGUAUUCAAUAUCUACCUAGUACUUAUAUAUAGGCCUAUCGUAGUAUACAACGUUCUUUCUAGUAACUCCCCCCAUUAUUAUUACCUACGUACCUACCUACUAGGUAGCUAAUAGUAACCACAAUGUCUGUGGAACCGGUUGUUGCCAAAGACGAGUUGGAUGUAGUUACCCCCCCUCUGUCCAUCAACGUUGCAAACACUUCAUCCAGCUCGGAGAAAAUCCCAUUCUUUCGAAGCACACUUUUUCAAAUCCUCGUCGUGGGGACAUGUGCCUUUUCAGCGCCCGGAAUAUGGGCUGCCAUGAACGGCCUCGGUGUAGGUGGUUCACAGAGUCCGGAUCUCGUUAACGCCGCCAACGCAUUGCUCUAUGCCUUCAUGACGGUCACCUGUUUCGCCGGACCGUGGCUGACGAAUGCAAUCGGGUUCCGCUGGACGCUGUCCUUGGGUACACUAGGGUACCCCCUAUACGCGGCUGGUCUCUACGUCAAUAAUAGAUAUGGCACUACAUGGCUUGUCUAUGUCGGGUCCGUUGUUUGUGGUAUCAGCGCUGGCUUCUUCUGGAGUGUGGAGGGCGCCAUUGCGACGGGCUAUCCCGAGCAGCACAAGAGAGGUCGCUACCUCGCGACCUGGUUUACCUUCCGCAACUUUGGAAACAUCAUUGGGGGUGCCAUUUCGCUAGGUCUUAAUCAUAGUGUCAACCAGCGUGGCCAAGUAGGCUACCAGACUUAUUUGGGCUUCAUCGCUAUCCAGUGUCUCGGGUGCCUAUUUGCCUUGCUCCUCUCGAAUCCCGAGCAGGUGAGACGAGACGACGGAACCCGAAUCGAGGCGCCAAGGGGAACCCAUUGGCGCACGGAGCUCCAUGAGAUGUGGCGGCUAGCAAGAAGCAAGCCGAUAUUGCUGCUGAUACCCCUCUUCUGGUACUUUGGCUGGACACAGGCCUAUCCAGGUACCUAUUUGGCAACGUAUUUCACAGUACGGGCCCGAGCCCUUGGCAGCUUUUUGUCCGCUGUGGUCUGCACUUUGGCUACUUGGCUGUGUGGCAGUCUAGUGGAUAUUCAUUGGGCUAAAAAAAGGCAAACUCGUGCAGUGAGCACCUACGUCCUCAUUUCAUCGCUUGCUACUGCAACUUGGAUCUGGGCUGUUUACAUCCAGAACGAAUAUCGGGUUACUCUCCCAGUAUUAGAUUGGGAGAAUCAAGCAGCAUUCGGUAGGGGGUUCGGAGUUUUCAUCUUCGAAAGGAUGAGUUACGGAAUGGUAGAAAACUACAUAUACUGGUGUAUCAGUAAUUUGUCUGACUCUCCCGGCGAGCAGAUCAGAUACAGCUCCUUACUUCGGGGGAUCGAGACUGCCGGUGUUGCCAUAGGAUUCGGUAUCCAGGCUGUGCCGACUGCGCUCAUUGCUACUGCUAGCAUCAAUCUUGGUCUCUGGCUUGUGGCCUUACCUUUUAGCUACUACGCCACCUUGAGGGUGGUCCAGAAGUUUAACGAGCUCGAUAAGGAACGUAGUGAAAACGAGCAAGUCUAAACAACAUUUACACAAGGGUUCGUCUACCUAAAAAAGGGGGACGGACUAAUACAAUUAUUUUUGCAACUAUUACUACUAAAUGAAAAUCUUAGAGAAAUUAGAAGCUCUCUACUUAGUAGGUAGCUAGGAGUUUGUUAAGAG